AUGAGGGGCCUGCCGCAAGCUGCAAAGGUUGUAGGGCCAUCUUCAAUGAAGUCAGGAAGUCCAGAAAAAUACAAAGCACAGACUGUGUCUGUGGAGCAAGGUGGCCCCCAGCACCCCAGCCCUCGGCCCCUGAAGGCGAGGCGGUGGAAGCAAUGCUGGCAGGAGGAAGGGCAGUGGCUGCUGGCCAACGUCGGGCCCGGUGGAGCACCCGGGGAGAAUGCGAAGCCCCCUCACGACACAGCACCAGGAUGUGGCACCAGCACUCCCCACCAUGGCUGCGGUCCCCUAGGAGCAGCCGCCGGCCCCCAGCAACCAGGAGAGGGUAGGUAUGGGCCCCCCGCCCUGGUGCCCAACUCCCCAGCCUGCUGCACUGGCGCUGUCCUGCUCUUCCCCAGCACCUCAGCUGAGCGUGUGGCUGUCCUGGGGCCAGGGCCACACCAGGGGCUGUGGGUGCUGCCGCUCUGCACCUGGCUGGCCACACCAGCCCUCCGCCUCGGUGCCCUCCUCUCCUACACCACUGAGGAUGGUGGCAGCGAGCUGGCCGUGUGUGGCCGUGGUGGCCCUGGCUCCUCAUGCUUCGUCAAGGAUGGGGAAUUUCAGGAGGUCCCAGUGACACUGCUCCUGCAUGGCAAGUGGCACCACCUCUGCUUCACCUGGUCCUCUGGCUAGGGCCGAUACCACUUCUAUGCAGACAGGCAGCUGCUGGCCACUGGCUCCAGCUUCCAGCAGGGCUAUGAAAUUUCUCAGGACCACCCUGGUGGGCGAUUCAGCACUACGGAAGCCUUUGUGGGUUGCCUGGCUGGCUUGGCCCUCUGGAGCUGGGCUCUCCUGCCCGGGGAGGUGGCCAGCAUGGCGACCGGCAGGGCGCUGCCCCCCAGUCACCUCCUCAAGCUGGCUGAUGCCUCCCUGCAGGGCGGGGUGUGGAGGGUGGUAUGCCCUUGCCUCCAGCACUGGCUGUGCGAGCCCAGCAGUGGGAACGGUGCCAGCUCCCAGUGGUCAGGGCUGGCUCACGGUGCCCGGCCGGCACGAGCCACAUCCUCCCAGGGUGACAGGACACCAGGCGGAGGGACUGUCUCAUGA